UUUCUCAGUGCAGCGGCGGCGGCUCGGGGGACCGGGGCCUUUUGUUCGGAGCGGCUGCGGGGGGGCCCCGGAGCGGCGAGGCCGGCGGCCUUCCCCAGCGCGCUCGGUCCCGGUCGCCCCUCGCAGGGGUGGGGGGCCGCCUCCUGGGCCGGGCGUCGCCCCAGGCGCCGCCGCCCCGCCCUAAGCCCGCCCCGCCCGGCCUGAGGGGAGGAACCGGCCGGGCCUCUCGGCGCGGCCCUGCCAGCUCCGGAGUCGCCGCCGCGCUUCCCCGUGCUCCGGACCCGAGGCUUCCCCUCGCCCCUCAGGCCGACGCCAUGAAGAUCAAGGAUGCCAAGAAACCCUCUUUCCCAUGGUUUGGCAUGGAUAUUGGGGGAACUCUAGUAAAGCUCUCGUAUUUUGAACCUAUUGAUAUCACAGCAGAGGAAGAGCAAGAGGAAGUUGAGAGCUUAAAAAGUAUUCGGAAAUAUUUGACUUCUAAUGUAGCAUAUGGAUCCACUGGCAUUCGGGAUGUACACCUUGAACUUAAGGAUUUAACACUUUUUGGCCGAAGAGGGAACUUGCACUUUAUCAGAUUUCCAACUCAUGACCUGCCUACUUUUAUCCAAAUGGGAAGAGACAAAAACUUCUCAACAUUACAAACGGUGCUGUGUGCUACAGGAGGUGGUGCUUACAAGUUUGAAAAAGAUUUUCGCACAAUUGGAAACCUCCACCUGCACAAACUGGAUGAACUUGACUGCCUUGUAAAGGGCUUGCUGUAUAUAGAUUCUGUCAGUUUCAAUGGACAAGCAGAGUGCUAUUAUUUUGCUAAUGCCUCAGAACCUGAGCGAUGCCAAAAGAUGCCUUUUAACCUAGAUGACCCCUAUCCACUACUGGUGGUGAACAUUGGUUCAGGAGUCAGUAUCUUAGCAGUCCACUCCAAAGAUAACUAUAAACGAGUGACCGGGACAAGCCUUGGAGGGGGUACCUUUCUGGGUUUAUGCAGUUUACUGACUGGCUGUGAAAGUUUUGAAGAGGCUCUUGAAAUGGCAUCGAAAGGUGACAGCACCCAAGCUGACAAAUUGGUCCGUGAUAUUUAUGGAGGCGAUUAUGAAAGAUUUGGUCUGCCAGGUUGGACUGUAGCAUCUAGUUUUGGAAAUAUGAUUUAUAAAGAGAAGCGAGAAUCUGUUAGUAAAGAAGAUCUGGCAAGAGCUACUUUAGUUACUAUCACCAAUAAUAUUGGUUCUGUGGCACGAAUGUGCGCUGUUAAUGAGAAAAUAAACAGAGUUGUCUUUGUUGGGAACUUUUUACGUGUCAAUACUCUAUCAAUGAAACUUCUGGCAUAUGCACUGGAUUAUUGGUCCAAAGGUCAACUGAAAGCAUUGUUUCUAGAACAUGAGGGAUACUUUGGAGCAGUUGGUGCACUUCUUGGGCUGCCAAACUUCAGCUGAAGCAUCAGAGGUUACUCUGCUAAUGAAUGUCAUCCUAGAGGAACUAAAACCAGAGGCGUUUUAACUGCAUUGUUUGUCCUUGGAAACCAAAGGAUAAAAGAAUUUCACUAUUCCUGUUAAUUUUGAAUGUCAGAAUGGAAAACUCAUGAAUGCCAUAUUAAAAGAGAGAACUCUGUAACAUGAAGUAUUGUUGAAGUGUUUUCCCUUCUGUAUAUAGCCAGUGUUCAAUCUUUAAAUGCAGUAUAGCCUCUGAUUAUUGAGCUUCCUCUCAGAAAGAUUUUCUAUUUAUUUUAUGUAGCCAGCAUUGUAGUACUGUAUGCUUAAGACACAAAUCUUAAAAAGUCUCAGAAAUAUUUCACUUAUGAAAAAUAAUUGAUUUUAAAUAUUCAUUUUGAGUCCAUUUUAUGUGUUAUGAUUACUAGUGAGCCGACAGUAAUAUACCCAGUAUGAAAAUUUAUUGUAAUGGCAGUCAGAGAUGAUGGUUUUAUGUGAUUUUAGAAAUGUUAAGGCAAUAUUAUUGUAGUUUUUCUAACACAUCCUCCUCAAAAAAAGCAUGUACUAUGUGAUCUUUGCCCAAAAGUAUAAUUUUCCUCAAAUGCCAUAAUUUAAAUGAAAUAUUAUUAUAUGUUACCCUGAAUUUUGGAAUGAAUCCUGAAAAAUGCACGUUUGGCGACAUUACACUUUCUGUAUUUUUGAUUUAAUCAACACAUUGAAAUGUUUGUAUUUUUAAAUUGAAAGUUUACUUACUUAUUUUUGAAUCUGUCUGAUGAAGUCCUUAGACUAUUCAAAUGGGAUAUGAUUUGAGUAAAUCAAUAGUUCCAUGCCCUUUUUACUACUAAUUUAUCAUGCCCAAAUUUAAUAUAUUUCUUAUUCAAUAUGAACCAUGAAAGCUAAAGAUUUUUAUUCUAUUAUGAACAGCAACAGAAUCAUUUAUUUUAAAUGGGUGUUUUAAAACUGAGGGAGUCUGAGGCAGUAUUACAGAAUUAUGAGAGAAUCAGUGUUUUCCUACAUUUGGUAAUAAAAGCAAUUAUAGUUUAAAAUUUUUAAAUCAUUUUGCCUGGAAUUUAUUCUCCAUUUUGAAUUCAUAUUUUAAAUGUUAUGAAAAUUACCAGCUUUUACAUUGACAGUAACUAACAUUUUGGUGGCUCAGUAGUUAAAUGAAGUUGUUCAGGUCUGUUGCUUCUUCCAUUUUAGGAAGCAGAAAGACCUGGGGGAUGAUUCACAUUGCCAGUAAACCUGGGUGUACUUAGAAGAGGUUAGAUGAUGUUAAAUUUCAGAGGGUUACCUUGUGUUUUUACAGAUCCCAGAGUUGCUCAGUAAAGAUCAGUUUCAGUAGAAUGUCAGAGAUACUUCAUGAGGAUGUUUCUCCAUGUCUUUUCACAUUUUUUGGUCUAACACUUAAAAUUCAGUUUACCUAAAGAAAUGAACAUAUGAAUAAUAGUAUAGUAUUUAUGGAACAGGCAUGUAAGAGGUGUUGUUAUGAUUUUGAUUUUUCAGAACUUUGAAUUCAGGUUGCUCAGUAGCCGUUCUAAAAAUGUUCUGACCACAUUUCUUGCUUUAAUGUUUCCAUUGGUGUGACUGGCUAUUUCAGCUGAAAUGCCAUUGGUUCUGUUUAUUUUGAAUGUUUCUAAUUUGGGUGUUUGUACAGUAAGAAUAUCCGUGAAUAACAGUAACUGCGUUUUAUACCUGUGGCAAACUGUGCAUUAUAUGCUGUAGGUUUAGGGCAGUCUUUAAGAAAAAUUGGAAUGGUCAAAGUGUUUUAAGUUAAUUUGAUCACUGUACUUUGGUUAGUAUAAGACCAUGAUAUUCUUUGAAACUAAAAUUACCUGCUAAAAGGUAUGUAAAGUGAACUACCAUCUUACCCCUAUUGAUCAUUAGCUUUUUCCAUAUGUAAUACAGAAUUACUGAAUUGAUAAUGGGAAGUGCACAAUUGUGAUAAUAGAAUUAUUUACUUUUUUCUUUUCUUUCUCUUUUGUUGGGGAGCGGGGACAGUACUCAGGAUUGGACCUAUGGGCUAUGUACCACUGAGCCACAUCCCCAGCCAUUUUUAUCUUUAUUUUUGAGACAAGGUCUCACUAAGUUGCUGAAGCUGGCCCCAAACUUGUAAUCCUCCUGCCUCAGCCUCCAGCCACUGGGAUUAUAGGCAUACACCACCAUGCCUGGCUUAAACCAGUAAUAAUACACUUUCUGGUAAUUUUAAAAGGUCACAAGAAGCAAAUGAAAACAAUUUUAAUUAUGUGUGUUUAUUUAACAUAGUAUAUCCAGUAUGUUAUUUCAACAUGUAAUCAAUUCAAAAUAUAUUUGGGAGUUUUUCUUUUUUAAUUUUUGUAGUGUUCAAAACCUGUGUAUAUUUUACACUUAAACAAAGCUCAGUCCAGACUGACUACAUUCCAGAUGCUUAGUAGCCACACAUGGGUAGUGGCCACUUUAGUGGAUAGUGCACUUCUAGAACUACCUCUUAAAACUGAACACUAUCAUAUGUCCAUGUAUGUGGGCUUUUUAUAGAAUGUUUGAGAAGAGGAAAAUUGGAAACCUUAGUUUUUACAUAGAAAGGGAUAAAAAAAUAGCUUGUUUGGACUAGUUAUUUUAUACAGAUAAGCUAUUUAUGACCAUUCAAAAAAUAUCUUAGAUUGGUAUCCUGUCAUCUCAGUGUAGUAUGAUUUUUCUAAUGAUAAAGCAAAAUUGAUUAUUUAGUGACUUAAUUUCUAAAAUUCUAACUGAACAUUGAGUGGCCGAUUUUUUUUAACUAAACUUCAUUUCAUGGUUGACCUUGGUACAUACAGAGAUUAACUUUCAAGUUUAAAUUUCAUCUUUAAAAUGUCUGGAUCCAGGGGCUGGGGCUGUAGCUCAGGGGCAGAGUGCUUGCAUCACAUGUGUGAGGCACUGGGUUUGAUCCUUAGCACCGCAUAAAAAUAAACAUAAAGGCAUGCUGUCCAUCUACAACUACAAAAAAAAAAAAAAUAUUUUAAAAGAAAAUUCUGGAUCCAGGUACAGUUGCUUGUGCCUAUAAUCCCAGCUCCUCUGAAAACUGAUGGAGAAGAUCAUGAGUUAAGUCAGCCUGGGCAAUUCAGGCUAUCUCCUAUCUCCAAAAAAUAAAAAAUCCGAUGACUUUUUCAAAUGCAGAGCAUGCUAUCAGUUUGUUUUGGGGCUUGGUAAAGAAUACCAGAUCUAGGUCUAGAACUUCUCACCACUCCCACUCCCCCAGAAGAGAUUUCCUUUUCUCUACAAACUCUUUAGUUAGAACUAAUGACUUUCAGUUCUGUACCCAGACGUCUCCAAAGACAAAGUAUUAGUAGACUUGCCUCAGGUAAGUUAAGUUGGCAGUUCUUUGCUUGGCUGCUUUAAUUUAAAUGUUUAGGAAAAUGGGUCAAUUCUUGGUUUGGGUAAAGUCAGUGCUAUUGCCAAUAAUACACAUGAUCAUUGAAAACCUGUCCAGACAGAGGUUCCAGUUAUUUGCCAAAUAGUCCCUGAAAAAUCCUGAGUUAUUUUUGUCUUUGGAAAAGUGUAUAUGUGAUUGCCAUAUUUUAAUUGCCGGUUCCUGAAAGACCAGUCCUGUAGCUGGAAGGCUGGCAGCUCAGUGGAAGGCUUUUCCUCUUUUUCCAGUAGUCCAUUACUUGCCUUGAUUUUAAGGUUGCAUUCUUGGAUGGAAAGCUCAGCAAGGCUGUAGUUUCUAAAUGCCCUUUAUAACCAUUCUGCUUGUUAGAAACAAAUGUUUUCAUAUUUGGUGUUUUUGUAUCUUCAUUCUGUUGAGCACUUUAUGCUUUUAGUGUAUUGCUUUUGAGAACUUAAUGUAGAAAUUCUUUCUUUAAGCCAUUGUAAAAACUGAUAAAAGGAUAAUGAAAAUGUGUUUAUACUUUUGCAUUUAACUUACUGUCUUGUGGUGUAUGUAAACAAAAUAUUAGAAAUAUAUUGCCUUUUUGUAAUAAUACUUUUUUUUUUUUUGCGGUGCUGGGGAUUUGAACCCAAGGCCUUGUGCUUGUGAGGCAAGCACUUUACCAACUGAGCUACAUUCCCAGCCCAUAAUAAUACUUUUUGACCUUAUUUAAAUAAUAUGAUUGCCUGAAAUGUCAAUGGUGUCUUAUUUCCAGUUAAGUUUGUUUAUUCUAGUAUGUUUUACUCUUACCACUGAAGGAAUGAAGCCAACUUUUCUGUCAUCAGAUAAUCUUAGUCUGUAUUACUGCCAGUUUUCAAUAUUUAAGAGAAUAAUUGUAUUAAAUUCUCUACUGAGUCUAGCAAUAAUCAGUAAAGACAAAAAAAGUGAAUAAUUUUUUUCUUUUAAGUGUUUUAAUAACCCAUUCAAAAUAGCGGUGGGGUGAAAAGUGAAUCAUCCUAACUUUUCUGCUAGAAUGAUUUCUACUUCUAAAAAGUUCAGGCAUCUUCUUAAAGCAGUCCUGUUGUUUUGCAUAUUUGUCUUAAGUAUUUAGUGGAUAUGGGAUCAUUAUUUGUUAUUGUUUUAGAAGUUGUGCCAGUCACUGGUCUGGCCUUUUUGAAUUUGUCAGAUGGGAAAAUUGGGUUGCUGACAAUGGAAAAUGCCUCAUUAUCAUCACGACCCUGAGAAGACAGUUGCUUCCUUCAUAGCAGUAUUGGGGAUGGGGAUAACUAAAACAAUAUUUUCAAAUAUUUGGUAUCAUGUUUUAGAGUUAAUUUUUAGUGCUUACAUAAUAUUUUUGUAAUUGCUACCUAAAUUUUAUUGGUAUGUGUUAACAGGUAAUAGGUUUUGGAUUCUCACCAAACCAGUGAAAUGAUAUUCUCGUAAUAUGUAACUGCCUGUGGUGGCUAAGUAGAUAUACCUUAACGUAUACGAAGGGUAUUAUAUUAAAGUAUGUGUAUACACCUUAAUCUGCAAAGGCAUUAUAAUUUAUUAUAUGAAAAGAAAGACAUACCAUUAAUAUUCAUAGGUGGGGAGUGUAGCCCCAUGGUAGAGCACUUGCCUAGCACGUGAGACCCUGGGUUCAUUUCCCAGUACCAAACGGUGGGGAGGCUUCUGUGCAGUUAAACUCGGAUGUUAAAAUAUUAGGUAUAAUUGGGAAUUGUCUUAAUGAUCAUUUUGAGCUUUUUGUAGUUGUUGUUUGGUUGAUUUUGGUUUUCUUCAGUGGGAACACAUGUGAAUGAACAUGAACCCUUCUGGAUUCAUUACUUUUAUCCAGCACAAUUCACAGCAAAAAUUAUAAAACAGGUUUUGAUUGCCUGUAAUUAGAUUGAAAAGGAUUACAGUCUUAUCUCUAGCAAAUAUUGAAGACCUAAAAUACUUUGUCCAUAGAAUUGUCUGAGAAUGACCAGAUAGACAUGCACAUGACAUUCCUACUUUACUCUUUUAGAAUAAAGGUGGUAGUGAGCUGAUACUGGAGUUUCAGGUACUUCUGUUAGUUUUGAGUGAUAUGUUUGAGUAAAAAUUGAUUUUUUUUUUCCCCAUAAGAAAAUCUAAAAUAUCUUGAUUUACUUCCUAGCUCCUUUUGUAGUCAAAGGUUAUUUUUCUUUAGAUCUCGCUGCAACUACCAUUAAUUUUAAAAGAAGUAAUGAGGAAUGUAUUUUUCAACAAAAGUUAAAAAGUAAAAUUUUUGAAUUGCUUAAAUAUGUAAAUAAUUCAAUUCUAGGAUAUUGCAGUAAAGUACAAGAAGUUCCAGUAGCUUUCAAAGGAAACAUUUUAUCUUUUACAUGAUUUGUAAAGUAUAUCCAAAUAAUGUAAAAUAGUUUGAGAUUAUUUUGGCUUUACAUCAUGUUAGAAUUUCAUCUAGAUAGCCUAGCAGCUCAGUAGUUACCACAGAUAAUAAACCAUUUUGAAGUUUGCUACCUUUUUUCCUGAGCGGCCCCUUUUAGUUUACAACAUUUAGAAGGAAAAGGUAACUUCAUAGACCUAACACCAAUAUCCAUGCUUUCUUGUCCCAAAUACGGUUAACGGUAUUAGGAUAUAAGUAAUGUUAAGAGGGUUUUAUCAUUUUUAUACAUUGUGUGCAUUUACUUUUGAACUACAGUGAAUUCUGACAUUUUUAACUGAAGCUGAAUGAACGGCAUUUGUCGUAAUUCUGCCCAGUUAAUUACCACAUCGUAGCUAGAGGGUGUUUUGGGGACUAGGGAUGUAGCUCAGUGGUAGAGCACUUGCCUAGCAUGCACGAGGACCCAGAUUCAAUCCCUGGUACCAAAAAAAUAAAAUAGGGGAUGCUUUUAUACUCCAGUGUAGGAAACCUUUAAUUUGGGGGUUAAUUUUACUUACACAUGCCAUUUCAACUUCAGUUGCCUUAUUCUGUCUCUUCCAUUAUUCUUGUCAGAUCUAAGCUUUUUCAUAUCUAAAUUCUUUUAACAUUGAAUCUGUGAUGUAAAAAAUGUAUGAUGUGCUACAAAUUUUAUGCAUAAUAAACUAAGUUAUAAUCUACUGUAACCUGUAAAACAUUUGUUGUAAAUUACGUAAUUUAUUUUUCCAUUUAUGUACAGUUUCUUAUGUAAAUUUUAAAAAUAAUUUGUUGUGGCUUGUUCUGUAAACAUUCCCAUAUUCUUCAUGCUUCUUCGCGUGAAAUAUUCAGUUUUGCUUAUUUAUAUUAAACUAACUUAAGUGUAUCUGCCCUCUUUUCUGUAGUUUUUUUCUAAUUUUGUUAAUAUUCUAAGUAAAUGUUAAAAUUGUAUCUUUUAUGUCCUACUUCCAAAUAAAUUCUCUUCAGUUUUUACCAUAUGUAUCUCUUUUAUUACUUAUCUUACUGUACGUACUUCCACAUUUUCUCUGUGAUUAAACGUAAGGUUGUGAUUUUCACUAAAAUUAACCAUAGUAGAAUGUAAACUGUGAGAGCAAGGACUUUGUAAAGACUUGUUCACCUCUGUAUGUCCAACACCUGGUGCACAGAAGCAUUCAAUAAACACACACCUGUUGAACAAAUUCA